UUGAAAGGAACACAUUUCUACAGUAUCAAGUUUUACACCAAGAGCAAUGGCUUACGAUAAUCUUCCACCAAAUUACAAUGAGGUGCAGUAUUCGACAAAUUCGGAAGACUGUUCACUGAGACCAGACGGCCAUGCUGUUCCACAACAACCACCAGUACCACCCCGGAAACAGUCGCUACGACCACCCAACCAAGCGGUACCUGCCCAAACACAACAAGUAAGCUGCACGCAACCAUCAUUUCCAUAUAAGAGUAACUAUGACAGAGAUGCUUGUAUCCAAAGUAACAGUUUGCCACAUGCGACUAACCCAUCCUUUGAAAAUAGUCAGAAAAUGGUGCCUUAUGCAGCAAAUUAUCAUCACUCACAUUCGCAGCAAGCUCCUCCUAUAGCGUACUCAGCUGCACAACACAAUGUAAAACAACCUCAAAAUCCUAGUGCACCUAGCGCAAACGCAUUUGCUUUUACUGCUAGGAAAGAAUCAGUUCAAAUGGUGCAAGGUCACAUAUCUGCACCAGAGCAUAACACAGCAGGUUUGGGCCCAGCUACUCAAGGGCAGUUUACAAUGCAUGUGACACGUAUAGAAACUGUAGUUGAAGAGAUUACUGUCGUUGGCCAUGCAGUUAGAGAACAACCACUAGCAAUCGAAGCGAGAGUAGAAGAAGUCGAAUGUGAUGUUAAGGUGGAGGAGGAUUCCUGUUUUGAGAAAUGUAUAGACUGUUGCUGUGCAUCGUAUGAUUGUUCAUGCACGAUUAAGAUCGGAAACCUUUUUCAUCAAAGGCAGCUUAUUUCAGAUAAAACGUUGAAAGAAGCCUCUCAUUUGGGAGGUAAGGAAGUGAAGAAUAUCCUUUUCUCACUACUAGGUGAUGCACUUCGAAGGACCUGGGUAAUUUUACAGCUAAUUUUUGCAAUAGUAAACUUGGGAUUUUCUAUCGCUGUUUUUGUGGCAGGAAAUAACGAAGCAUUCAAUAUUUUCCAUCUGGCUCUUUCCAUAUUCUCCACAGUGCUAGUGAUUAUCGAUAGCUUGAUGGUCUUCUACAACAGUUGCCAAAAAACAAAUGAAAAUAAGAAGCAUCCUUUUGAUAUGUUUAGAUUGAUUAUUACCGAGAUUAUAUUGUUUCCACUUUUGAUAUGCAACUUCUUUGAGGUUAGCAUAACUGAUGGAAACGUUGGAACGGUGGCUAGUAUAAUCGGACUUGUGCUGUUAGCAGUAGAUUCAAUAAUAUUUAUUGUAACUGUUUUUCUGACACGACUGUACAUGAUAAUAGCUGCUAUAAUGAGACUCAAGAAACACUUCAAACACAUUCAGGAUGAUCAGAAUUCUAGAAAGUACAAAUCAAUAGUUAUUACGUAUGCUUCUUUUUUCCUUAUCUACGUCAUGUUUCAAAUGGUGACCCAAGUUUUUAUGCUUGUGAUCAUUUCAGGCCGCAUUCGUUACGAUCAUCUGAAUCGGCCUGGGGUCAAUCCAACCAGCGGAACAGAAAUUCCCAACGGAAUAGAUAUUUUUUACCGUUUAAAUGCCAUGGUUAAUCCAACCAACGAAACAGGAAUUCCAAGCAAUGAUCACAUGGGUGUGUAUGUUAGCCCGCGACUGUGGUAUAUGAUAGCUGUGAUGAGCUUCUUACCUUUGUUUGGCUAUUUGAAUUAUUUUGUGAUGACGAAAUAUUGGACUCAAGAGUUCCCUAUACUUAUGGCAUUAGUUUCAUCGGCAGUCAAAUCAGAAAAAAAAAUACCAGAACGCCUAUUGGCUAAAAAAGUUGACAAUUUGCACAACGUGAAUGUGUGUAAAAAGCUUCGCCUUCCUUUUAAGAGUCCGGUUGUGGCUAUUAUCUGCAUCGUCUACACUACAUUUCUUGUCACAUUCUUGGUUUGUGGUAUAUACAGCUUUGAAGAGUCGUUUUUUCUUCAAAGCUUCUUUCAGUUCGAAGCGCUUUCUUUUGAAUGGGGUGUAUUUAUAUUAGGAGCUAGUAUAUACACAGCCAUUGCCAACAUUUAUGUGAUUGUUGUAGCAAUUGUUUCGCUCUUUAUUAUCAUAACAGUGGUGCUAUUUAUUAUCCUUAUUAUAUUUACAAUUAUUGUCACACCACUAUUAUUUUUAUGUGAUAUGCAUGAUAAAAUAUGUGGCAAAAGCACAUGAGUUUUUGUACUGUGUUAUAAGAACCAUUAAUUAGUUAGUUAAUUGCUUUGACUAUACUGUAGCUAACACAUGGACACUUCAAACUUUGUACAUCACAAUCAGAUUUUAAUGUUAUGUUUUUAUUGAUUUUGGAAUCGAUUA